CAGCACCUCAUCUACCUUCGAUAAAUAAUCACCAAAUACAAUUUAAAAACCAAAUCAGAAACAGUGCAUUUCCAUUACAAAACUGAAGAAAUUAUAAACGGGAUCCGCAAUUCACAGAAAAUCCGUCGCCUGUCAACAGAAGAGGCUAAAGCAGGAUAACCCCACCACAAAUCGAAUCCUCUCUGUUCCUCUCUUCGUCUGUCGAGACUGAAGGACCCGUCUCCUCAAACCCACUUGUUUCUAUGGGUGGAAGAACAAGAAACGAAGUGAGUUAUGUUCGGUUUGAUGGAUGCACCUGAGAUCUCUUGCUGUCUUCUUCCCUUUGUCUAGAAGAAAAAUUCUUGUCUGUAUAGAGUCGUUUCAGAGCUUUCCGGGGAGUUUCUAAAGCUUGUUCCGUUUCUAUGGUUGGACGUUGAAAACUCAUCAGAUCUCUGCCGUGGUUCCCUCAUUUCUAGCUUAAUUGGGCGAGCGUCUGUUGGAACGUUUUUACUCUGGGACUUCAUAGAACUUGGGUAGAAGAGAAACUAAGUUGUCUUGAAGGUAAAUGAUGUAAGUACCCAUAGGUUCGAGUGUGAAAUUCCCACAUUUCAAUUUGUCAGUUUUUGCAUCUCUUCGUAGAUUGUGGGUUUCCAUUUGGGUUCUGAACAGGAUUAGGCUAAUCUAAGUUACAGAAUAUUAUAGUUUGUAAAUCGACUUGUUCAAAAGUUCAUUCUUUUCUGUUCCUUUUUUCCCCUUCAAAUCGUUUUCUUCUACUCCUUUUUGAGUGUGAAUCCAUAUUCUUUAGAGGCUCUCAAUUUUUGUUCUUUGACGACCAUUGCUUUGGAGUUGAUUUUGGGUAAGUUCAAGUUCUUGCGGUGGGUAUGAACACUCGAUUUUGCAUUUAUUCUAUUGUGUCUCUAUUUUUGCUUCUAUCCCUUCUAUCUAGACCUUCUGGUGCUAGUAAUCAGGCUGUUGGCCAGAUUAGUCCCGUCUUUCAAGGGUCUCAGAUGAAUUUCAUCGACAAGAACGGAUUGUUUCUUGUGUCUAACAACUUGAAUUUUGCUUUUGGUUUCAUCCCUAGCAGCGAUGUUACUUUGUUUCUACUAGCAAUUCAACAUACGCUUAGUUUGAAAACGGUCUGGACCGCCAACAGAGGUUCUCCGGUUGGGAAUUCUGAUAAAUUUGUGUUUGGUGACGACGGCAAUGCACAUUUGGAAAGUGGGAGAGGCAUGGUUUGGUCUACAGAAACUGCUGGCAAGGGAGUUGUUUCCAUGGAGUUGCAGGAUUCGGGCAACUUGGUUUUGCUUGAUAAAGAUGGUAAUCCUCUUUGGCAGAGUUUCAGUCAUCCAACGGAUACACUUUUAUCGGGUCAGGAUUUCUCUAAAGGAAUGAAACUCAUUAGUAAUCCAGACUCCAAUAACUUGAGUUAUCAUCUUGAAAUCAACUCAGGGGAUUUGGUUCUCUAUGCGGAUUUCCAGACUCCACAGCCUUACUGGUCUAUGGCAGAGGAGAAAAUUGUCAACAAAAAUGGUGAAGUCAGCUCAGCAACUAUUAUUUCCAAUUCAUGGAGGUUCUACGAUCAAAAUAGAACCCUUCUUUCUCAAUAUAUCUUCUCAGAUAAUACUGAUCCAAACAUCACAUGGGCUGCAAUGCUAGACAACCAUGGGGCAAUCUUAUUUUCCAUUCUUCAGAAGGGAUCAUCAACUACUCCAGCAAAGAGGAUACCUCAAAGUUGGUGCAGCACACCUGGGAACUGUGAUCCAUAUAAUAUAUGUUCCAAUGGUAAUCGGUGCCAGUGCCCUGCUGUUCUUUCCUCCCGUGGUUGCAAACUUGGAAAUUUCUCUCCUUGCAAUAGCUCAGAGGAUUCAGUGGAGCUUAUAAAAGUCGGGGAAGGGCUCAAUUAUUUUGCACUUCAGUUUGUUUCACCCUUCUCUGGAUAUGAUCUUAAUGGCUGCAAAGAUGCAUGCCUUAGUAAUUGCUCUUGUCUUGCUUUAUUCUUCAAAAAUAGUUCAGGGAAAUGCUUUUUGUUUGACCAGAUAGGAAGUUUGCAACAAUCUGAUCAGAGCUCCACUGGGUACAUAUCUUACAUCAAGGCCCCAAGAAAUGGAAACCAGGGACAAAACCCUAGUGGGGGAGGAAGAAGCAGUAGCAGAAAAACAAUUCUAAUUGUUGUGAUUAUUGCUGUUGCAACAGUACUAGUUAUUAUUGGCCUAGCUUAUCUGGGGUCUCGGUACAUCCGGAAAAAGAAGACAUUACAACCAACUCCCCAAGAAUCAUCAGAAGAGGAUAAUUUCCUGGAGGGUUUAUCAGGGAUGCCAAUCCGCUUCAGUUACAAAGAUCUUCAAGUGGCUACAAAUAACUUCUCUGUUAAACUUGGUCAGGGUGGGUUUGGUUCAGUCUACCAAGGGGUGCUACCAGAUGGGACUCGGCUAGCAGUGAAGAAACUGGAGGGUAUUGGUCAGGGGAAGAAAGAGUUUCGAGCUGAAGUUAGCAUCAUAGGAAGCAUUCACCAUGUCCAUCUAGUCAGGAUCAAAGGCUUUUGUGCUGAGGGGAUCCACCGGCUUCUUGCCUAUGAAUACAUGGCUAAGGGAUCUUUGGAUAGAUGGAUCUUUAAGAAUAACAGAGAUGAACACAUGCUGGACUGGGAGACAAGGUUCAAUAUAGCUCUAGGCACAGCAAAAGGAUUGGCCUACCUUCAUGAGGAUUGCGAUGUGAAGAUUGUCCAUUGUGAUAUAAAGCCUGAAAAUGUGCUUCUUGAUGAUAACUUCUUAGCAAAGGUUUCGGAUUUUGGUUUAGCUAAGCUGAUGACCAGGGAACAGAGUCAUGUUUUCACUACACUGAGGGGUACCAGGGGAUACCUGGCACCUGAGUGGAUCACAAAUUAUGCCAUAUCAGAGAAGAGCGAUGUGUACAGUUAUGGAAUGGUCUUACUUGAGAUCAUUGGGGGUAGGAAAAACUUUGAUCCAGCAGAAAAUUCAGAAAAAUCCCAUUUUCCAUCCUAUGCAUUCAAGAUGAUGGAGGAAGGGAAACUGAAAGAAAUUCUAGACUCCAAGCUAAGGGUUGAGGAAGGUGAUGAGAGAGUUCCUACUGCAAUUAAGGUAGCGUUGUGGUGUAUACAGGAUGAUAUGCACCUAAGACCAUCCAUGGCUAAGGUAGUCCAAAUGCUUGAAGGUCUCUGUGUUGUACCUCUACCCCCUACCUCCUCUCAGUUGGGGUUUCGCCUUUACUCAAGUUUUUUCAAGUCAAUAAGUGAGGAAAGUACUUUAUCAGGACCAUCUGAUUGCAAUAGUUCUGCAUACCUUUCGGCUGUACGGCUAUCAGGGCCAAGAUAACAGAAACCAUUUACAAAAGCAAGUCUACAGUCAAAAUUCAGAGAUUGCAAGAAAGGAACCAAGAUUAUCUGUAGUACAUGUUAUUUAUUUACCCUACUUGUAUAUUGUUCAGAUUCAGUGUCUCAAAAUCUCAAGUUUUGUACUAGGAAAUUACAGAAAUUUCAUUUUUUUUAAUACAAUUUUGUUUUCAUCAUCACCUGAUUUCUUCUUGCUCUCAUCAAUUUUG